GGCGGCCACAUGAACACCAGCAACAUGGUGUACGGGGUGUGUAACGCCGAGUCCGGCUACCACAGCCAAGCCUAUUCCUCCGAGCUACAGCACUACUACGCCCAGUGCCAGUCCCACGAGGCGGUGCAGGGCCAGACCUACAUCCCUCCCGCCCUCACGCCCACCGACCAUCACCGCGCGCAACACACCAGCCUACAGGAUGCACACGUGCCCUCCUCCUACACAAACCUGGACGAAUACAGCAGCGUGUGUUACCCGGGGCACCCGGCGGGGGGCAUGGCGGCCGCCCAGCAUCAUGUGUCACAGAGCUACGACUAUAGCACCGCCGUCCAGGCCGCCGCCGUGGCGGGCGGCGUGGGCGGCCAGACGGGAGUCAUGUCACCGGCCGCUGCGGGAGGAUACCCAGGUUACCUGGACCCCGCAGCCCAGUACCGACACAUGAGUAUGGGUCUCUACGCCCACCAUGAGGGCGUGCGGGAGGCGUGUGGUGUAGGCGGUAUGAUGGGUGGGUCGCCCCACGCCCUCCCGCACCACCAGCCGCAGCAGUCUGUGCCUACCUACAAAUGGAUGCAGGUCAAGAGGAACGUGCCCAAGCCAGCGCCCAAGACGGACUACGGCGGGUUCGGCGGCGGGACGGGGCGGACCAACUUCACAACCAAGCAGUUGACGGAGCUGGAGAAGGAGUUCCACUUCAACAAGUACCUCACCCGCGCCAGACGUAUCGAGAUCGCCUCGGCGCUCCAGCUCAACGAGACACAAGUUAAAAUAUGGUUCCAGAACCGCCGCAUGAAGCAGAAGAAGCGGAUGAAGGAGGGUCUUAUCGCCCCAGACCCUCCUGCCGUCUCCACCCCGAGCGAGAACAGCAACGACUCCGACUCCACAGCCAACAACAGCGGCAGCACGGGUGGCACUUCCGGUGGCAGCAGUGGCAGUAGCAGCAGCGGCGGCAGCGGCAUUGUCACUACCAAGCCGGAGUCACCAGGGUCUGUGAGUGGCGGGAGUGGCACCUCCCAGCCACUGCAGGUCCCCACCACUGUCACCAAGUCCAAGGCGCAGGCGCUACCCGCCACCACCCAGAGCCCCUCAUAAGGGCACGGCCUGGGCCUCAGUGCCCUCCAGAGCUUUAACCUGAGCCCUGGCCGUGAGCGGUGGCAGGCUAGGGCGGCGUCCAGGGCAACGAGCCGGGCGGCCACCCAGCGCGGCUCUGGUGCCGGGUUUGCCAAACGUUCUCAGGGUUCCUCUUAUCAUACCUGGUAGUCGCGUGGUCAGGCCGGGCACGACCCCGGCCCUCCUAGUGUCAGGCGCCCACCAGUCCGUGGGGAGGCGUCCGUAAUCCCAGGCAGCGCCCACUUAGCACGCCCGCACGGCGGGCUGCGCGGCCCCCGGCAGGCACCCCGCCCCGUACCAGACCCGGCCUCCCUCCCUCCCUAGUGAGGCGGGGACCUUCAUGACCUGGGCCACCAAAUACCAUAGUAAUAUGUGAUUAUAUAACUGUGUGACUCCAUGAUACUUUUGCAACAUCUCUUCUUGUGUCCUGGGUGCUGUGUGUCCUGUGUCUUGUGGGGGGAGGGCAACAAGAAUGCCUUGAGGAAGGGGUGGGGCAGUAAGGGCGCCCCAUGUGAGAGUAGAAGUAGCACGAGCCCCCAGAGGGAGGAGCGGGCAGUACAGUGCACCCCGUGUGAUGAAGGAGACAGUAGGAGCAACCUGAGGAAUGGGUCAAUAGCAGUGCCGUGUUGGG